AUGGCUCGCAAGAAGGUGACCCUCAAGUACAUCACCCACGACUCCACCCGGCGCUCUAGGUUCAGGAAGCGUCUCAGGAGCCUGAUGAAAAAGGCGACCGAGCUGGCCACCAUGUGCGAUGUCAAGACCUGCGUGGUGGUGUACGGCGAGAGCGACGCGGAACCUAAGGUGUUCCCUUCCCACGCCGAGGCGGUGGAUAUCCUGAAUGAAUUCAAGAGCAUGCCGGAGCUGGGGCAUUGCAAGAAGACGAUGGACCAGGAGGCAUUCCUCACCCAGCGCAUCGCCAAGCUCCGGGACCAGGUCGACAAGGCUCGCCGCGAGUGCCAGGACAGCGAGAUCAGGUACCUCCUUUACAACAUCAUGCACGGCAACCACCCAGGCCUCGUUGAUCUCAGCGUUGAGGAGCUCGCCCGCCUUGGCUGGAAGGUGGACGAGCUCCUCAAGAGCCUCGGCGAACGCAUGGGAAAAAACCAUGUCCAGGCGCCGCCGCCAGCUCCAUGCGUCAGCACCAACAACAUCGACAUGGGGUCUCCGCCGCUGUAUCUGGCGUCACCGCAGGAGGAGGAAGGCUGGCUUGACAUGGUGAGCUCCGGUGGGGACGUCGGCACCCAGGUCUACGGUGGCAAUGCCAGCCACGACGGCGCCGGCUUCUCCGGCGGUGGUAUGAUGAUGCAGACGCAAUUCUCCGAUCUGGGGUUCAGUUCGAGUCCUUUCCCUCCCAUGUAA